UUUAAGAAAGAAGAUCUGAGUGAAUAAGGGGGGAAAGUGGCUACUCCCCUUUCCUCCCCCCAACACUUUUUUUUCUAAAGAGAUCACAAGGAAGUCUUGGUUUAAAAAGAAACAGAAACAUACACAGGGGUGGUGAAUUGUGCAGAGCGAGGCUAUCGCAGUUGGAAGCAAUUUUUUGGGGGGGAUUCGCAUCUAUGGAGUUACUUUGUAUCCACUCCUAGGCUGGAGGAGGAGGCAUCUGAGGAGUCGGCGGGGUUUGGUCCCCAGCUGUGUUUGGGGGUCUUUACCGGCUGGUUUUAUUUUUUAUUUUUGCAAUGAUAAGUGGCUCAUGAUCUGCCUGCUGCUGUCUCUGUGCCCCCUCCCCCAAGUUGUUUUAAUUUCGGGAGCAUCCCUUUCUCCCUCCCCCCUGCCCUUCCUGUCCUCCUAACCUGAGGGGAUAUCAACUCCCGAGGACGCCUCCUCGCAAGGUAAAACCGAACUGGAGCUGCUGUUGCUACUGCUGCUGCCGCCACUGCUGCUGAUGGAAGAAAAGAGGCGAAAAUACUCCAUCAGCAGUGAUAACUCAGACACCACUGACAGUCAUACCACCUCCAAUUCAAGAUGUUCCAAGAUUCCCACCAACAAGCCCAGUUGGCCCAGGCAGAAAGAGAAGAAGCCAUCAGAGGUAUUCCGGACAGACCUGAUCACAGCAAUGAAAAUCCCGGACUCUUAUCAGCUCAGCCCGGAUGAAUACUAUAUCCUGGCAGAUCCCUGGCGGCAGGAGUGGGAGAAAGGUGUGCAGGUGCCAGCAGGCACAGAGGCCAUCCCUGAGCCUGUGGUGAGGGUCCUCCCUCUGCUGGAGCAUACCCCUGGCCAGAUCUCCCCAAGCAGCCUGUCUGGCUCUGAGCUCAGCGAGGUCACCAGACCUUAUUCUCGCUAUGACCUGGAUGAGAUUGAUGCUUACUGGCUGGAGCUUGUCAACUUGGAGCUGAAGGAAAUGGAAAAGCCAGAGUUGGACGAGAUGACCAUGGAGAGGGUGCUGGAGGAGCUAGAGACCCUGUGCCACCAGAACAUGAACAUGGCCAUCGAGACCGAGGAAGGGCUGGGCAUUGAGUAUGAUGAGGAUGUCGUGUGUGAUGUGUGCCGCUCACCGGAGGGCGAGGAUGGCAACGAGAUGGUGUUCUGUGACAAGUGCAAUGUGUGUGUUCAUCAGGCCUGCUAUGGGAUCCUCAAAGUCCCCACAGGAAGCUGGCUUUGCCGGACUUGUGCCCUGGGUGUCCAACCCAGAUGUCUACUGUGCCCCAAAAGGGGAGGAGCCCUGAAACCAACACGGAGCGGGACCAAGUGGGUACAUGUCAGCUGUGCCUUGUGGAUACCUGAGGUCAGCAUUGGGUGCCCAGAGAAGAUGGAACCAAUCACCAAGAUCUCACACAUCCCUGCAAGCCGGUGGGCCCUGUCCUGUAGUCUGUGCCGGGAGUGCACAGGGACGUGUAUUCAGUGUUCUAUGCCAUCCUGCAUCACUGCCUUCCACGUCACAUGCGCCUUUGACCACAACCUGGAAAUGAGGACUAUAUUAGCUGAUAAUGAUGAAGUGAAAUUCAAGUCUUUCUGCCUAGAGCAUAGCAGUGGGGCUCCUAAGCCCCCCGAGGAGGCCCGGGGAAUAAGGGGAGAGGCUGGCUCAGUGUCUGAGCCCAGCCAGGCUGCCUUGGACUUGGAAAAGGUGACCUUGAGGAAACAGAAGCUGCAGCAGCUAGAAGAGGCCUUCUACGAGCUUGUGAAGCCUGAAGAGGUGGCAGAGAACUUGGACCUUUCUGAGACCCUUGUGGAUUUUGUCUACCAGUACUGGAAGCUCAAGAGGAAAUCUAACUGCAACAAGCCCCUCUUGACCCCCAAAACCGAUGAAGUGGACAAUUUAGCUCAGCAAGAGCAGGACAUCCUAUACCGGCGGCUCAAGCUGUUCACUCAUCUUCGGCAGGACCUGGAGCGAGUUAGAAAUCUGUGCUACAUGGUGACAAGGCGAGAGAAAAUGAAACACUCCAUCUGCAAACUUCAGGAAGAAAUAUUCCACCUUCAGAUGAGACUUAUUGAAAAGGAUCUUUAUCGAGAACAACCUGGGAAGAGAAGCAAGGGGAAGAAGAAUGACUCCAAAUGGAAAGGAAGGGAUAGCAGGAAGGCCAGUCCUGAAAAGAAAGACAAAAUGAAGCCAGGCAAUGAGUUAGUCCUGGGGCAGCUCGGUUUGUCCACCUCUUUCCCCAUCGAUGGAACCUUCUUCAACAGCUGGUUGGCCCAGUCAGUGCAGAUCACUACAGAGAACAUGGCCAUGAGUGAGUGGUCCCUGAACAAUGGGCACCAUGAGGACAACACAUCUGGGCUCCUUUCUGAGGAGCUGCUCCAGGAUGAAGAGACCCUAUUGAGUAUCAUGAUGGACCAUUCCCUAAAGUCUCCCUUCAAGCACAGUGACACCACCAAGAAGGCCCAGAGCAAAGCAAGGCCAGCAAAUAAGAAGAAGGUCCCUCGGGACAGCCUCAGCUCCCUGCUCUCAGACCACCCAGAGGACUCUGGCCAGCGGACUACCCCACCAGACCAUACCGUGAAACCCCUGAACCACGACUCGGGGAACAGCAAGGCCACUCGUGGAGCAACCAGGAUACCUACGGAUCGCAAAGGAGCUAGUGGGGAAGUCCGGAAGACUCCAAAAAGGGGGCCUUCUCACCCCUCUCCCAGCCCCAAAGCCCAUGACUCCAAUGUCCUGGUGGGCUCAAGGAGCUCCCCACAUGAGGACAAGGAGACUGUAGAUACAACUCCACUUGAGACUAACAGCCCGCUUCAAGUGCCUGGCUCGUUGGGGAGUCCAAAAACAGUAGUGAGGUUCAGAUUGCCAAAGGAGGGCAGAGAGACUAGGAAGCUGCCGAAUCCAAAGCCUGAGGCAAUGAACAGACCUCCCGCCGGGGAGAGGCCAAAGGUCACCUUGCACUUUGACAAUGAGACCGAUGGCUACUUCUCCGAUGCAGAAAUGAGCGACUCUGACUCGGAGCCAGGGAGUGGCAGGGUUCAGUUAAGCCAGAAGGAUUCAGGAAACGAGGAGGUAGUCAGAAUGAGCGUUUUGGCAUCCUAACUCAACCAGAUAACCAACUGUGACAGUUCUUAAGAGGCCUAAACCCAGUUACAACUGCCAUUUUCAAUUUCUGCCUGGUAUCAUAUAACAAAGGGGUUCCAUUCUUGGUGGGGUGGGAGUUUUCCAUUUGUUUUAUAUAUAUAGUUUAAAAUUAAGCACCGUUGUCUUUCUCUCCUCUGUAUGCUGGACAUAGGACAUGAAAGCUUCCACUCCCCUGACCUGGGAGACAAGAGUCGUCCCUUUUAAUAAUUUAACUUUAAUAAUUUAACCCAAUGAAGCAAAAUGCCAGACACAGGCAUUCAGGGACUGGGGGUUCUGGCCCCAUUUGGGGUCACCCAAGGCAUCAAUAACAAGAGGUCUGAUAUUGCCAGUACCCAUUGUUUCUGCAGGGAUGACAGUCUUACGGGCAUUAUUUUAAGGCAAAGACAAGUAAACUCAUUUCCUGCUUUGCCCAGGGUUCAGCACCCAGUCCAAAGGCUGGGUCAGGAGUCAGGUUCCAGGGGUAUAGCUGAACCCCUCUCCACAGCAAGGCAACACCCCCCAACACCCAAGGAAGUAGAAUAAGCGAAACCUAAUACAGAACUAACUUUUCUAAAGCACAAAGAGCUUAUUUGAAGAAAGCACUUAAGGGUGGGGGAGAACAGUCCUGUAACAGAAGCCUUGUCGAUCUGUUGCUCUCACCUUUUCCAAUUCAGUCUGCUUCCAUGCCAAGGCUGAGGGCCAGCCCUUCGGCCAGCCGCCCCUUUCCUCCCAGCACAGUGCCUGAGUGGCCAUAGGAAUUAACCAGAGGGAAAAAACAUCCCACAGGCAGGGCUCCCAGCCCUUGGCUUCAAGAGACAUUUACUCAGGUGAAUCCAUUAGCCAAAUGGGACCAGGGAGGGGGUUGGGGGAAAAGGUCAAGGCAUUCACUUUGCAAAACAGGAAAAGAAUAAACCUUUAAAACUUGAAUGCGUUAACUGUGUAAAAGCAAAGUCUCCUUCCUGGAACAGGUGACAACUAAAGUCUCCUUGCAGUCCCUGUCCUGCACAUUGGAAAGCAAAUCAGAUCGUUGGCCUUGGAGCGGUUUCCAGUCUUACUAAGACUACAAGUUUCUUCCUUCAGUUUCUUUUGGAAAAAUGCUCCUACCUACUAGCCUAUGAACUCCUUGGGGAAAUAGAAAGGGGAGGGUUGAUUCAUUGAAGUCAGUAUUCUAAAACCUACAAGAUUUUCAUGCAUAGAAAUGCCCCUUGUAAGCCUUAAAAGUUUUUUAAAAACCCACAAUGAUACCUAUGAGUCAGGCAAGUUUCUGUGUUUGCACUUAACCCACCCCAUCCUUUCAGUUCUGGCUUCCAAGGUCACAGUUGAUUUGCGCUAAUGUAUUUGGUUGGAGUGACCCCAGGGUGAUUGACAGCUCAGGGAACAAAACAACAACAAAAUUCAGUGAAACUUUUUUUUUUAAUUUUUUAUUUUUAAGAAUUACACCUGGGACACUUCUUCAACUGGCAAAACCAGAACUUUUCAAACAAGAACCUUGCAAAUGUCAAAUGAAUCAGUUGAAUAAUUUUGUGGAUGCCAAAGAAUCUUUUGACAAUAACACAGCAGCACAGCCUGGACGCAGAAAUUGGUCACUUGGAUUUUUUUUUUUUUAAGAAAUGGAGCUAUUUGGCAACAAAGGAGUUAGAAAUACGUUCAUAGCAUGUUACGAAGGCGUCAGAAUCCAAGCUUUCUGCAGAGGAUGCUUUUUCUUUCUUUCUUUCUUUCUUUCUUUGCCACUGGAAUGGUACAGACCCUGGUGUUUUGAUUUCUGAUGCUCGGCAUCGUCCAUUCAGAACUUUCUCAGACUCACAGGUUGGGGAGAAACUGACAAUGAAACCAGCGAAGAAAAGUCCUGGUUCCCAAUCAUGUGGUUCACCCACAAACCAGGAGAAUGAUAAUCGAUUGGAAACAUGGUUAAAAUCCUGACUCUUCGCAACAAACCUGCCACCAUGUGUGCACUGACUGCACAUUUGUUGGCCUUUCAGUAAAUUUCAUAUGGGUCUUUAAAGCCAAAAAAAAAAAGUCAACAAUGACAAAUUUUGGUGUGCAAGUCUCCAACUUUUGUGGAAUCUAGGGGAGAGAAUUAAUGGAUUCAGAAGGUUCAGUGUGUUCUGAUAAUGUUAAACACAGUAAUAGGAUUUAGUUUUAUCUUCAACAGGCUUGGUAGGCAUUAGUACCGUAUUCUAGUAUAAUGAGUCAAAACAAUAAUCAAUCUGCUGCCUUUUAAUGGACCUUGCUUCCGUGUACUUCAUUUCAGCUAUGAUUAGCAAAGUGUCUCACACAAAUCCCUGUACACAGCUUCAUUGGCCUGCAACCUCAUCUCUUGCCUGAUCCAUACCGGACACUCCAAAGGGACAGACUUAAAGAACAACCAAAAUGAGCAGCUAGGCAGCUUGGGGUUUUGUGGGAGAGGGGAUGGAGGUGGGUUGCAGAGGAGGAUUGGAUUUCCAAGGGACUUGGGUAUGUCCCAGGUCUUGUAUGAUAUUGUAUAUGUGCCCUGGGGAGCUAAAGGAUGCUUCUCUUUGGGGAGGGGGCCGGGGGAAGUGGGGUGUUAUGUUUGAGUUCCAGUUCUCUCCUUGGAGAGAACUCAGAUAUUGGAAACCCAAGAACUUGAUGGAGGGAGGAGUAUAGAGAGGUGGAGAAUCUGGGCCAAACCAUAAGAUUGGUACCAUGCCUUAGAUUAGUGGUAACACUUCCCUAAGGUACUAGGGACACAGACAGGGUGGUUUGCUCACACUUCAAGUGGCCUGGACCCUUUGUAACUACCUUCCCAACCCAAUUCAUGUAGGAGGAAAGGGAGGAUCAACCAGGAUGUGGCCUUGUUCUUAGAAUCCAGUCAGCUAUUUUGCCUUGCUUAACUUAAUAAAGUUAUCAAAUGAGAGAAAACAUUUAGGGAAUUGAGUAACAUGUAAGCAAGAAGGAAGUCACCUUCCGUGUCUAUUUCCAGCUCUAAGCUGGUUUCUUGACCCUGAGCAUAGGGACACAUUCUCCCCCUCUCGGAUGACCCGCUACUCUGUCAAAUGUGUUCUCUUGGUCUUCCCUUCAUUGUGGUAAGGGGAUUCUCAUUAAAACAUAUCCUCCCAUAGCAAAGUUGAAUCCAAGAAGAGCAUUAGGGUAGUAGGGGAAAAGGAGCAGGUAGUUAUUACCUGAAUUUUAAGCAGAAGUUCCCCAAUACGCAUUCCCAUGGCCAUUAAUCCCGCCAGAACCUCAAGUGGGUGUUUAUUACAGGACCUUCCCUUCAGUGAGUCACAUUGCUCAGGGUGUGGUGCUGGUACUCCUAUGGUCUUGUAGUCCAUCACUCCCCUACACUUUCCCCACCCCCUUUCCCCAGAGAAGCUGCUCUAUUGUAACACUCCAGGGAUCUUCAGGCUGGUAUCUCCCCCAGCACUCUCCUCUCCAUUCCUCGUAGGUGAGAAAAACUUGAAAAUAUUUUUUGUACUAUAAAUGUAUUUUGGGAUGACCUAAAAAACAAAGAGGUUUGAAUGGUUUAUUUUAUUAAAUGAGCUUUGACUUUCAGAUACUGUAUGAACUGCAAGAGUUAAUGUUUGCACUAUGAAGGACUUUGUCUCCUUUAAGAAGCCACACUAGGAUUCAGGGGAGGGGAGAGUGAGGAGAGAUGGUGGAGGGCGUUUAUGUGUGUGUGAAUAGGUCUGAGUCAGAGGGGCUGGUGGAAAACUCACUUAACUUUGUGUGAAAAUCACAGUGUCCUAGGUCCCCCCACCUCCCCACCCCACUCCUGUCAUCAAGGGUUUCCUUAAAACUCUACUUGUGGCCUAAACUGGGGUUCCUACAGAGUGGAUGGCCAGGUAGGUAUCUGUCUGUCUAGGAGAGCAGUUUGCACCAGUAAGAAGGCAUUCUGGCAGUGAUUUGAAUUCCCCCAUCCCUUUUAGCACAAGGAAGAAUGAGCCAUUUUGUCGUGACUGAGCUGCUACCAAGGGUUGGGUCUGGAGAACAGGUGAGUCAGGGCUCUGGGGAGUGCCCUCAGGACCUGCUCAGCAAAUUGGCCUUGGCCUGAGCCGGGAAGCCCCAGGAGACGUAGCAUUCUGUCACCAGGACGAUGUUACCUUUGGUUGUUCUUUAAGGAAAUUCCCACCAACUAUUCCACUUAACAUAAAGAAAUUCCGCUCAACAUCAGUGAUGGGAAAUGAUAUGAAUGUCACAGGAGGAGAGCCUUCUGUUUUCUUUGUUUCAAAGAAAGUGAUGUGCCAUUUGUUAAUAUAAAAGAGAAAUAUUGAAAAUAUAUUGAAAAGAGCAAUUUUAAAUUAUUUUUGGCUUAUGUUGCAAUAUUUAUUUUCUUGUAUUAGAAAGAUUCCUUUGUAGAGAAAAAAUGUAUUUUUCAUUAAUGCAAAGACCUAUUUCUCCUUUUUGUACAUUUUCCAUGUUAGGCAAUCCUUAAAGCAAUAGAAUGUACCCAACUCGUUCUGUGUGGCCAUGUAAUGCAUGCUGUUUGUGUUGCCUUGUGAUAACGCUGUCUGCCAGCGUUGCCAUCAUGUUCAAAAUCCGUGUAUGCUUUAAAUACACAUGGGGACCACGGCCCAUAGCUUAUGGAAAACCUUCGCAUUCCUCAAUGUGUUGGCAAAUGCAGUCAAUAAAGCAAUGUUUUCUGUGUA